AUGUCUGGACAUACUCUUCUUUCCGACCUCAAUAAUCCUGACAUGAGAUCUUCGCUCGACUCUCAAGACAGCUUUAAGUACUAUAAACCUGAACCUCCGACAAGACGGUCUGUGCUUUUUAACUUUCUGCACCAAAUUUACUCCCUCCCACGAAAUCUCUCUAGAAGAUACCGUGGUGGUAAUUAUUAUUCGCCUUUGAUUCCAACUUCAGUACCACCGCCUCGGCAUUUUCGCCGCUUCCUCCUACGAACACCUUACUAUGCCAUUAUUCUCCUGUCAAUUAUUCUGUUUCUCAUCCUAGUCUCAUCCGUGUUCUGUUCCUCGUACACAAAUCUCCCAUCACAUUACGAGUCACUCCGUGAUGCGGUGAUUCACUCGGACUCACCAGGUCGGGGGAACCCCUACAGCGAGAGUAUCUUCAUUGCGGCGGCCCUGUAUGAUCCAAGUGGGGAGCUCGCACAUGGACACUGGGGCUCGAGUAUCCUCCAACUCAUCCAUCUCCUCGGCGAAGACAAAGUCUUCCUCAGCAUCUACGAAAACGACAGCGGAGGUGCAGGCAAAGCGGCUCUCCAGACACUAGAGAAACAAGCCAAAUGCAACAGCUCGAUAGUAUACGAAGAUCAUUUGGACCUUCAGCAACUUCCACAAGUCACGACUCCGUCAGGCGACGAGCGCGUUAAGCGAAUUGUAUACCUAGCCGAGGCUCGAAACCGAGCUCUCAAACCUCUAGAUAAGCCCGCGACGAAGUUCGAUAGAGUUCUAUUCCUGAAUGACGUGGCUUUUGAUCCUCUCGAUGCCUUGCAACUCUUGUUCUCCACGAACCUCGACCCGGAGAACGAUUACAAACCCCGAUACCGCGCUGCCUGCGCCGUGGACUUUAUCAAUCCCUUCAAGUUCUACGACACCUACGCCACGCGCGAUCUAGAGGGCUACAGCAUGGGCCUACCAUUCUUUCCCUGGUUCACCAAUUCUGGCAGCGGACAAAGCCGGAAAGACGUUCUUGCUGGGAAAGACGCCGUCCCUGUCCGCAGUUGCUGGGGCGGGAUGGUCGCAUUCGACGCCCAAUUCUUCCAGCCCGGCGAGGCAGCUCCAGGGGUUGAAGUCGCAGGUCCGAGUCUUCCAGCUCGUUUCCGAGCCUUGCAAGAUGUAGAUUUAUUCUGGGAUGCGUCGGAGUGCUGCUUGAUCCAUGCGGAUAUUCAGACGCCGCCGCGUGAUGCAGCCGAGAUACCCGAAACGGGGAUCUAUAUAAACCCCUUUGUGCGCACGGCGUAUGCUCCACGCACCUUGUCAUGGCUUUGGGUCACGCGGCGCUUUGAGAAGCUGUACUCGAUCAUCCAUAAUAUUGGGAAUCACCUUGUUGGGCUACCUUGGUCUAACCCGCGGCGAGAGGAGGUUUCUGGCCAGAGGGUGCAGGAUACUGUUUAUGUUUCUGGGAAGAAGGAGGUUGGGUCAUUUCAGGAUGUCGAGCGCAUUUCGAGGCACGAUGGGUUCUGUGGGCGACAGGGUUUGCAGAUCAUUGUUCCACGGGAAGGGGAUAAGAAAGGUUGGAAGACUAUACCCUUGCCGGCACGAGAUUGA